ACAGAAAGCAGCGACGAUGAGCAUCAAGCUGCGCGAUUUGAUCCGGAACGUCCGCGCGUGCAAGACGGCCGCCGAGGAGCGGGCAGUGAUCGCGAAGGAGAGCGCCUUGAUCCGCACGGCCUUCAAGGACCAGGACAAGCAGUACCGCCACCGCAACGUGGCCAAGCUCCUCUUCAUUCACAUGCUCGGGUACCCCAGCCACUUUGGGCAGAUGGAAUGCCUCAAGCUCAUUGCCGCCAACAACUUCUCCGAGAAGAGAAUAGGCUAUCUCGGUCUCAUGCUGCUGCUCAACGACCAAGAGGAGGUGUUGACGCUUGUGACCAACUCGCUCAAAAACGACCUCAACCAUGUCAACCCGUUCGUGGUCGGGCUCUCGUUGACGGCGGUCGGCAACAUUGCCUCGCCCGACAUGGCGCGCGACUUGAUCACGGACAUUGACAAGCACCUCAAGAGCGAGAACGACUAUCUGCGCAAGAAGGCCGCGCUCGCGUGCGUCCGCGUCUUCCGCCAAGUGCCCGAGCUCGUCGAGGACUUUAUCGAGCCGAUCCACGACUUGCUCAAGUGCCGCAACCACGCCGUGCUGCUCACGGGCGUCCAACUCAUCAUCGACUUGCUCUUGAUCGACCACGAAGGCCACAUUGGCUACUUCAAGGCGCUCGUGCCGACGCUCGUCAAGGAGCUCCGCAACCUCCUCUCCAACAACUACACGCCCGAGUACGACGUCUCGGGCAUCGUCGACCCGUUUCUGCAAGUCAACAUCCUCAGCUGCCUCCGCCUUCUUGGCCAGGACGACGACGAGGCAAGCGAGGCCAUGAACGACGUGCUUGCCCAAGUCGCGACCAACACGGAGACGUCCAAGAACGCGGGCAACGCCAUCUUGUACGAGUGCGUCUCGACCAUCAUGUCGAUCCAGAGCGAGAGCGGGCUCAAGGUGUUGGCGAUCAACAUCCUCGGCCGCUUCCUCCUCAACCGCGACAACAACAUUCGCUACGUGGCGCUCAACACGCUCUCCAAGGUCAUUGCGGACGAUGCGCCAGCCGUGCAGCGCCACCGCAACACGAUCGUCGACUGCUUGAAGGACCCGGACGCGUCCAUCCGGCAGCGUGCGCUCGAACUCAUUUACGCGCUCGUCAACGAAACCAACAUUCAAUCCUUGGCGCGCGAAAUGCUCAACUACCUCGUCGUGUCGCCCAACGACCAAAAGCCCGCGCUGUGCUCGCGCAUCGCUGAUGCGGUCGAGCGGUACGCGCCGACGCAGCGUUGGCACAUUGACACGCUCAUCACGAUGCUCUCGAUUGCGGGGAGCGCGCUCACGGACGACCGCAUUGCGAGUUCGCUCAUCGUGCUCAUUCAGAAGAACCCGGAGCUCCACGGCUAUGUGGUGCACAAGCUCUUUUGGGCGCUCAAGGAAGACAUGAGCCAGCUCGCGCUGUCGCAUGUGACCUUGUGGUGCCUCGGUGAGUACGGCCGCGCGCUCGGCCAGGACCCGCCGGCCGACGAGGAGACGCUUGUCGGCAAGUCCAAGGUCGAGGAUGCGGCGAUCGUCGACGUACUUGUGACGUGCAUGCGUCACCAGUCGGCGACCGACACGACCAAAGCGUACGGGCUCACGGCGGCCGUCAAGCUCACGACGCGCCUCCACGACCCGACGGCGAUUGCGAGCCUCGAGACGCUUCUCGCUGGCUACAAAAACUCGCUGACGGUCGACUUGCAGCAGCGUGCGGUCGAGUUUGUUGGCUUGCUCGAGCCGCGCUGGAGCAGCAUCCGACCCGACGUCCUCGCGCCGAUGCCCAUCAUCGACAUGGCGCGCGUCCGCACGCGGCAGUCCCAGUCGCUCUCGAUCUCGGCCGCGCCCAUCUCGAACGCGAGCGACUUUGCAGAAACUAAACCGACGGCGCCGGCCGCCAACCUCUUGGACCUCGACGACAUUUUUGGUGGUGGCGCGCCAACGGCGCCGGCGCCGGCACCUGCACCGAUGCCGCCCGCUGUCGACCUGUUGGCCGACCUCUUUUCGGCGCCGACACCGACACCGACGCCGGCACCGGUGGCCUCGUCGGCCGCCGCCGAUCUGCUUGGGAUGAUGGCGCAAUCAGCGCAGCCCGAGGUCGCGGCCGUCGCGCCGCCGGGCCAGCACAUUCGCGCAUACGAGAAGAACGGGCUCUCGAUGGACAUGGAGCUCUCCAAGCCCAACCCGUCGGACCCGUCGAUCACAUACAUUUCGUGCAUGUUUACGAAUGCGUCGGCCUACCAGCUCGACCAGUUUGUGCUGCAGGCCGCGUUUCCCAAGUACAUUCGCCUCAUCAUGGAGCCGCCGAGCGGGACGACCGUGCCGGCCAACAUGGGCGGUCGCUUGACCCAAGUCGCCAAGAUCCAAAACACCAACCACGGCGAGAAACCCAUCAUGAUGCGCAUCAAGCUCGAAUUCGUCAUCAACGGCACCAAGAUCGAAGACAUGGCGACCGUCAGCACCUUCCCGCCGGGCAUGUAAUUUGUCGAAACGAUAGACAAUCUGUCGUGUUGUUGCACAAUAUCGUCUUCUCCUGU